AUUGGCUAAAGCAGUGAUGUGAUGCAGAGUAUCAAGUCAUGUCUAUUCCCAUUUUAGGGUGGUGCUGCAGCUAUAUAAAGUGGAAGUGCAGGAGUUCUAAGUGCAUUAUCAAAGAGGAAAAGCAUACAGAUGAGGAUGGGUUGGGGUGGAAAAUGGAAGCAUGUUUUUUCAAUGGUGGUCAUUAAUUUUGGAUUUGGUUUAGUAAAUUUACUUCUCAAAAAGGCUCUUGAUCAAGGUCUGAACCAUUUGGUUAUAGUUACAUAUAGGCAGGCAAUUUCGGCUACUUUCCUGUUUCCGAUUGCUUACUUCUGGGAAAGGAAAAGCAGAUCUGAGCUUACACCUCAAAUUCUUUGUCACCUUUUUUUAAGUGCUUUAAUUGGGAUCACGCCCUCGCAGUAUUUAUUUCUUAUUGGACUUGAAUUUACAUCGGCUACGUUUUCAUGUGCAUUCCUCAAUAUGGUGCCUGUAAUUACAUUUAUAUUAUCACUGCUAUUUGGUCUAGAGAAAGUGAACAUGAAAAGCAAGAGUGGAACAGCUAAGGUCUUGGGAUCUCUGCUAUGCGUCUGUGGAGCUUUGUUAUUAACCAUAUACAGAGGAAUGCCACUGGCCCAUUCGCAUUCAUCGGCCACUGUUGUCCAAGAAAACCACCAUCAUAUGAUGAUUUCGGCUAAGAAAACUGAGAGGUGGAUUGUGGGUUCAAUGUUCUUGGGUGGAGGUUCUCUCUUGUGGUCUUCAUGGUUCCUGAUACAGGCCAGGAUUGGCAAAAAAUACCCAUUUCAAUAUACUAGCACAGCUAUUUUGUCAUUCUUCUCAGCCGUUCAAUCAGCCAUCUUAAGUUUGGCAAUCCACAGGAACAUUUCCAUGUGGGUUCUCAAAGGAACCUUGGAGAUAAUCAGUGUCAUAUAUGCUGGAAUGGUGGCAUCAGGAUUGUGUUAUGUGGGAAUGUCAUGGUGCAUUAAUCACAAAGGUCCAGUUUUCACAGCAGCAUUUACACCCUUCACUCAGAUCUUUGUUGCCAUCUUUGAUUUCUCAGUCUUGCAUGAACAAAUUUACCUUGGAAGUGUUCUGGGUUCGAUUCUAGUGGUGAUUGGCAUGUAUAUUCUUCUGUGGGGAAAAAGCAAAGAGGCGAAAGAAUGCUCAGUGAAGCAGAACCAAGCAGCUGAAGAAGGUGAAGAUGGUAAGCAAGUUUCACAUGUCUCAACUGUUACUGUCAAUUCAAGAUGAUCUUCAACAGACUUUUAGUUUUGAUAUGUAAUUCAGGUCAACCACCUGUUAUAUGUAAUGUAAACUUUAGCGAGUUGUUUUACAUGGGUUUCUAGCAAAUUAAUCAACUGUCCACCAUUUUAUGUCAAUUAUCUGGUUGGAACGCUCAACAGCUCAAAGGCAUUUUAGGUUUCUUGCAGCUUUCCAAUGUGUAAUGCAGUUUGUUGGGGAUAAUGAAAAC